GGAAGUCCUCUCCUGCACCUCACCUGACUUGACCGUGGUCCAGGAUCCUCUCCCUCAGGAGGACAGGGAGUGACGCAGGGCAGACGGAACAAAACCGGGGGAUCGAGGGGAAGGAAGGACGGAUGAUCGGCGGAGCUGGAAGCAGAACCGGACCUUUAAAUUUCACAGGUUCGAGUCCAAAGACCCGCGUGCACAGAGGACAUGAGAGUGUAGAUACCCCCCCUCCCAUCAUCAUCAUCAUCACCUCAUCAGCUGUGGGGCGGAUCAGUUAAGGACACACUUCCAGGUAGGUUGUUAUGACACUAACUAUGAUUGGUGUUUGUUUGUGGAGGUGAUCUGAUUAAAGCAGGUGUGAGUGUGAAUUUUAAUCUGUUUAUUUAAAGAGUCAAAUAUGGUCGGUUUGGUGUUUGCUCUCUCGUCUCUAAGGCUUGUCCCGUCAGCUGAUCAGUCACGAUUUUUGACUCCAGUGUGAAAAUCGGAGUGUGUUUAAUAAACGAGGACUCCUCUCUCUGUAGGUGACAUUCAUCCUCCAUCUGCUCAUGGAGAACUAGCCUAGUCAUCCCCUUAAACCCCUCAAGUUGAAAAUCGCUCCCAGUUUGAGGAUUUUUGGACUCCUUCUCCGUCUCCAUCAUGAACUACCUUCGUCGUCGACUCUCGGACAGUAAUUUCAUGUCCAACCUGCCCAAUGGGUACAUGACGGAUCUCCAACGCCCCGACUCUCCGCAGCAGCAGCAGCAGAGCCCCGCAGUGUCGCCCGGGCCGACGGAGAGGCGCCAAUCCACCAGCCAGCAGCAGCAGCAGCAGCCUGCGGGAGGAGGAGGAGGCGGAGGAGGAGGAGGUGGAGGCUCCAGCUUCUUCUCCUCCAUCUCCAACGCCGUCAAACAGACCACAGCUGCUGCGGCCGCCACCUUAUCCGAGGCGGCGGACCGCGCAGGGGUCUCCAGCAGCGCCAAGAUCCUCCUGGUGAUCGAUGACCAGCAGACCGACUGGUAAGAGCCGUGCGCAGAUCCAGAUCCAGAUCCGUGCACGGGCGUCUAGACUCAAAUGUGUGCCAGACUGUGGGCUGCAGUGGCCUAACAUCUAGAGGUCAUAUGAUUCACUCGGUGGUGCUGGAGGUUCAUCACGUGUUCACACACACACACACACACACACACACACACACACACACACACACACACACACACACACACACACACACACACACACCCUGCAGAUGCGUAAAAAAGCGCAACAGCCUGAAACCGUUUCCAUCAGACCAUCAGCUGUUGCUUCAUCCUGAUUUAGAAACACUGGGACAGAAUAAAGGGGUGGGUUUCUGCUGCUGCUGCCUCCAUGAUGAUUCGGGUUUUUUUCGUUCAGGUGGGGUGCAUGUGAGGACAGCGCACUGCAAAUAUUCAUGCACCACACCGAGCCGCUCCUCCUCACCAGGGCGGAGAGUGAAUACUGAUCGGAGCGUUUUGCACAGUCGGAGGAGGUGAAAUGUUCAGUUUAGUCUGAAAAUGACACCUUAGGUGGUGGUGGUGGUACAUUCAGCAGAUUUGAGAAGCCUGCAGCCCCCUCCCCACAACAGACAGAGACACCAGAUAUACAGACACCAUUUAAUCUUAUUAAUAUGUCCAGUUUUCAUUCAGCUGCUCACUGUAGAUUUACCGGUUAUUUGUGUUGAAUAAUGAAACCUUAUCCUGAUGGUCUGUAACAGCAGAAUCCUGCACCCCUGUCACAGUAUCUGCAUGAGGUGGCAUCAUCAGCUGACUGUGUUCGAUUCUUCACUCUGAUUGGCCAAAACCCCAUGGCAUACUAAAUAGGGAGGGAUUAAAGGGGGUGGCUCAGGGCUUUUACUGCCAUAUUACUAUUUUCUUGUGAUACUCUUUAAAGUGUUAUUCAGAGGAAUAAUAAAUCUGUUUGAAACUUAAAUGUCGUUUUUUAGAGAAGAUAUAAUCCGGUAUGUAACAUUCAGCUCAGGAAGAACUCUCCCUUUGGUUUUUUAGUUGAUGUUUCAGCUCUUUAAGGUUCAUUUAUCGGCUCUUAAGACCGGGCCCUGAGUCAAGUCCUUCACAGCUGACACCCACUCCCCAAAUGAGCACAGAUAAGAGUGUAAAAGUGGAGACAGGAUUGUGUGAGAUGGUGUGUUGAGUUGGUUUCAUUCUCACCAGUGUUGGAUAAAGGAUUGUCUGUAUGAGCAGAUGUCGAAUAUUUACACACUCAUAUUUUGAUUCACAACUCGAUCAGAGACAUCACAUGAAGUCUGGUACUUCACCUCUGUCUAAAAACACAGCUGAUUCUUUAAUAUCACAUUUUCUUCUUCUCACAGUUUUAAACUUUAAUGUAACUGAAGUAGAAACUUGAAGCUGUCAUUAUAAGAGAAAUGUUUAAGAUGACAUUUAGAGUGAAGAGAUUUCACUCUUUCUGUCCCACACAGGGUGAAGGUCUUCAGAGGAAGAAAGGUCGGCGGUGAGUUUGACAUCAAAGUAGAACAGGUAGGUUUCAUAUAUGUAAACUUGUUUCUUGAUAUUUUUGAUCCUCUUAUGUUACUCUAACAAAUAAAAUAAGUAAAAGUUCUGGACUCAAUGAAAGAACCGGCUCAGCCCGGUUUAAACAGAACCUCUCCCCCGGUUAAGAGUCUUCACUUUCACGUGUUUAUCCUCAGAUAUGUCUCUUUAUUUUGGAGGUGCACUGAUCGACCACAGGCGUGAUACCGACAUAAACUGAUGUUUGUUUUUGAGAUGAACUAACAGGUGAAUCAUUUAGUUCUGCGGAGGCUGUAACUGUUUGAACAGAACCCUUUGAAAGAUGAACUCCCCAGAGACCCAGAGACACCAGAGAGGACGGCUGCUCUCAUUAAAGUAAAGCUGAAAGUCUGUUCUGAAUGAGUAACUCAAACGGUGACGUCUGUGAAUCCUGGGAGCUGGUAAAUAAGGAGUAUUAUGGGUAAUUUUUUGAUGAGAGACUUUGGUGAUUUUGGUGUCAGUGAUGAUUUGUCCAUUUGUCCUCUGAACAGUCGUUCAACAAGAGCCGUAAAGUUCAGAAACCUGUUUCUGUGCCUGAGGCGUUUUCCGUCCCUUCUAUUUCCGUCCCUCUUCUCCACGUUGUGUCUGCGUUUCCAUUAUUUCCCCUGUGGCUCCUUAAAACGAAGAGCACACUUGAGUCCACCAUGUCAUUACUUCACCCUGUUCGACCCGGCUGAUAUAGAAGAAGUGAUUAACCGCCCUCCUCCUGCUCGUAUUUCUCACUGUUUCUCUCUUUAUAAUAACGUAGAUGUUUUCUUUCAGGCAGAAUUCUCUGAAAUCAACCUGGUGGCCAACGCCACCGGCACCUACAACGUGAACAUCGACGCCAUCAGGAACGGGCACAAAGUGACAAAGUGAGAGCGGUUCAGGAUAAUCCCAAAGCUGCUCGGUCUGCCCUGCAGUUCAGUCUGAAACUUUGUUCAUUUUCUCUCUCAGGUCCUUUAAACCGGACUAUGUGCUGAUCCGACAGCACGCCUUCAGCAUGGACAAAAAUGGAGACCACAGGAACAUGGUGAUCGGCCUGCAGUACGCCGGACUGCCAAGUGUCAACUCUUUACACUCAGUCUACAACUUCUGUGACAAACCAUGGGUGGUAGGUAUCACCUGUUAUCAUCUGUUAAAACGACAUCUUCACCUGUUGUGCAAAAGUGAAGCCAAACCCCCACUCUGAUUCUGUGAAGUCGGGAUCGUUCAGGUGGUGAAGAUGUCUUUACAUAAGACUCAGAUUUAACCUGCAGGUGAGAUAGCAGCGAUCGCUCAUGUUGGUUUAAAGUAGACGUUCAGUGACUCCUCCUCGACUCUGCAGAUCUGCACAAAGCUCUGCAGGAGCCGCCUUAACCCACAGAGCUGUCAAUCAUUACCCUGACACCCCCACACCCGUUCAUCUCUGUAAAUGGAUCCGGAACCUUCGUUUAUUCAGUUUCUGUGGGAGCGUUCGAAGCGGCGCAGCUGUCAUUAAACAGAGAAGCGGGUCUGAUGGACCUUCUGCAGACCUCAGCUGUCUUCUUGUUUGUGUCUGUUGAGGCUGAAGCUGCUCUACAGUUUCAGGAUUUUAUUGAACACGCCCCUUUUUUUUACAGAAAGGACUUUGAUUGGUCGGGUUAAGUUGACACCGCAGGGGAAAUCUAGCCCUUACUUGGCAGUUAAAAGGAGUGUGAGCUGAUUGGUCUGGUAACCUGUCAAUCAUGUUUUGACUCUGUGAUCAGCACAGGAUUAUUAAAAAAGAGAAUUUGAAGAUAAAUCAGCACAAAAAGAUCAAAAUAAAACAAAAGGAGAUUUAUUUUGAAAGUCAUUUAAUUUGUGUUUUGAUUUGAAAGUCUGACCCAUCUGCUAAAAUGGAGGCGGCGGGCUUUAUGACCUUUACUGCAGCCGGUCUGUAGGCAGAGCUCUGAUAAUUUGGCUUCACUUUAGGAGAGCUGUCAUGUCUUCACAGUCAAACAGCUCAGGUUCGAAUAUUUGUGUCUUUUCUUUCUCAGUUUGCUCAAAUGUCUCGAGUCCUCAAGCAGCUGGGCCCAGAGGAGUUCCCGCUGAUCGAACAGGUUUACUAUCCAAACCACAAGGAAAUGGUGAGUCCUCCGCCAUCUGCUCUCCUCCGUUUCUCCGCCCACUUUUCCACUUGUGCUGAUGGGAACGGCUCCAUGCUAACAAGCCUUAAAGAGACACACACACACACACACUCAGAGAGGCCGUCCCCCUGCUCAGGUCACACUGUAAGAAGGUCAUCUGCCUCCAUGUCAAUACUCCAUCUCCUGGAGCAGCUGAAGCAGAACUGUAACCCUGGGAGUGUCUCUUUUUCCACUCUGCUCGUUUUUGAUUAUUUGUGUGUCAAAUCAGUGUCAGUACAGUUAGAGUGGGACUCGUGUCUCCACCCCUGCAGUCACAGGCUGACAGCACUGGGCCGGCUUUCAAAAUAUCAGCAUGAAUCACUCCUGUUCGCCUGAAGAGGAUAGACGUCGCAGUUUUUAAUCAUUGGAGUGUGUCAGAGUGAUAAAUGUGAGCGUGCUCUCCUCUCAGAUCACCUCCUCUCGGUUCCCUGUGGUGGUGAAGAUGGGCCACGCUCACUCGGGAAUGGGAAAGGUAGGACAUCAUGUGAACACGAGAGUCUGACGUUUUAAGGUUCAUGUAUUAUUUUUGUAUAGAUCUGCUGCAUGGCGUCUUCAUAAUGACGAUGAGCUGGUGUCAUCCAUCGAUUCAAACCUAAUUUUUCGACCUUUGACACUCCAGGUGAAAGUGGACAAUCAGUACGAUUUCCAAGACAUCGCCAGUGUCGUAGCUCUGACCAAGACGUACGCCACAUCUGAACCCUUCAUCGACGCAAAGUACGACGUCCGCAUCCAGAAGAUCGGGGACAAUUACAAAGCCUACAUGUGAGUAAUCUUCAGUUUGAGACGGAGUUUAAAAAGAAAAACUUGAGCUGAAAGUGGAAUUUAAACUCUUCUUCUCAGGAGAACGUCGAUUUCUGGAAACUGGAAAACCAACACCGGCUCGUCCAUGCUGGAGCAGGUCGCCAUGUCGGACAAGUAAGAGAUGGUUAAUGGAGCUGAGAGGAGGAUGCUGGUCCUGAAUGAUUCAGUGUGCUUCACUGGUUUCUGUUCAAUACGUUCUCACAGGUACAGGUUGUGGGUGGACUCUUGUGCGGACAUCUUUGGAGGUCUUGAUAUCUGCGCUGUGGAGGCUCUUCAUGGCAAAGAUGGAAAGGACUACAUUAUCGAGGUACAGGAGGAGGAUCUCAGGCUGAUCUUUGCCUGUUUGAUUGUUGAAGAUUAACAUUUAUUUCUUCGUUUUAUCGACUUUUAGGUUGAUGACUGUUCAAUGCCGCUGAUUGGAGACCAGCAGGACGAGGAUCGUGUUCAGAUCGCAGAGUUGGUGGUCUCUAAGAUGAGCCAGAGUGUUUCUCACUCUUCAAGCCCGUCCACAGCGCGUGCCUCAGCAGGACAGCCAGCACAGGUGCUCAGAGACGAGGACUCACUCUGCUGAAGCUGCUUUUCUUUAUUUCUCUCACUUCAGUUUUGGGCGGCAGAGUUACGACUUUAUUUCAGUCGAGGAAGUAUAACUAAGAGGAAGAGCAGCAUCAGCUGAAUUAUUCACUGAAUUCAUACAGAAUCUCUAUAAAUAAUAGAUCAUUCAGUGAAACACAUAUGUGCUCAUCUUUAUGUGAUUCUAAUGCAAAGACCAUGAAAAUGGAAGAUAAUCUCAAUGAAAAAGACCCUGAAGUGGUUAAAAUAUGACGCUGUACCAGAAGCUUGAGCACCCAGCCUUUAAAAUUUAGAUUAUCGUCCGAGAUCGGUGCUCAAAUACCUCACUCAUACAGUAUUUUAAUCUAUAUGUGAUCAAUAAAUCAUACCUAAAAGAUGUCAGAACUAUUGGAAACAUAUAAUCUAGUGUCAGCAGCGUAGUGUUAUAUGAGCGUAUCAUUAGAUGUUUGCAUUCAAUCCAAAUCAGACUUCUGCUCUGUGAUUUAGCUCAAGUUGUCUGUGAUCCAUCUUCCCUGCCGAGUUUGGAUCCUCUCGGGUAAACAGCCUCGGUUUAGACGCUCCCACUGAUGGCAGUUUAGACUCUGUAAUUCAGAUCAUUUGGCUCAGCAGGAACCGACUCGUAGAGCUCCAGAGCCGAGCUGUUUACCACCAACACACGAUCCCACCUCAGUAUAGACAGGCGAAUGUUCUCCUGCAGUAAAAUGAAAAUGAUUAAAAACAGAAAUCUGAAAAAUAUAGAGGUUUUGAUAAUGGUUGUUCAAAUUUAAGUCCAGUAAAAGUAAAUAAUAAGAGUAACAGCGAUACUUAACGAUUGGUGGAGCAAAAGAAACCAGUUGAAACUGUUCACAUACACAAAACAGAACAGAAACCUGCGUGUGUUGAUCCAGUUUGACAUGAUCUGAUAAUGGCUUUAGUGAUCGAGUAACUCCAGAAGUCAGAAACUGAUCGGGUUAUUACUGUGCAUGGAAACACACUCAGUGAUCGUGCUGCACAUGCAGAAAUACACACACAUGAACAUUUACACAACCCUGUAAAAUACAUGAAGACAGAUCUGUCUGAGUCUGGGGUCUGCACAGCUCUUCAGUAUUAAAGAGUUGAUGUUUUUCACAGUUUCCAGUGUCUGAGUCUCUGAAUACUCGGCCGCUGUUACUUUAAUCACAUCAUCAUAAACUUAGUCCUGACCCCUGGGGUUCUCCGGACUUAGUGGGAGCUGAAUCUGACUGUUUCUGCAGAUGUCUUAAAUCAAUCUUUCUCACUUCCUGUUCGUUCCUCCUCUGUGUUCUGCAGAGAGCGGUCUCACCUCAGCCCGUCUCACAGUCCAGAGUACCGCAGGUCCAGCAGCGCCCCUCCCCUCAGGGUAAGGACUUGAUUUUUGUAGGAAAAGGAGAAAACAUGAUUUUUCUUUGUCUUGGCAGCAUAAAUGAAAAGGUGUUUGUAUAUUUUCUCCUGCAGGUGGUCCUCAGCAAAGCCCCCCAUCCCAGCAGAGACCUCAGCCCCAGGGUCAGCCUCCUGCCCAAACCCAGCAGUCCGCUGCCACCCCUGCAGCUGAUCCCGGCUCUAAAGCGACCCAAGGCCAGCCGAGGCCAGCGGGUCAGGGGGGGACUCAAGGCCAGAGACCUCCUUCUGGUCAGGGCUCUCCUCAGAGAAGCCAAAGCGGUUCACCUCAGACCCAGAGGCAGCAGUCCCUCCCCCCGCAGCAGAAACAGCAGAGACCCGCCCAGCCACCCAGGCAGCAGUCCCAGGGCUCACAGCAACAGAGGGGUCCUGGUCAGCAGGGACGUCCGGGAUCAGCCACCACUCAGCAGCCGCGAUCUCAAGGUCAAGGGGGUCCGGGUGGACGACCCCCCCUGCAGCAGAAGCCUCAGCCCCCGCAGAAGCCCGGCCAGGACAACCCGGCCACAGGCGGCUCGCCACAGCUGAAGUAAGUAACCGAACGUGAUCGACGGCGUGGGAUCCGUCUCAUUUUGAAUGAGGCGAUCUCACAGCUGAUUGGCUGACGGAGUUUCUCUCUCUUCCUUUUGCCUGAAUUGAAACGUGCAUGCCUCAUGGGAAACCUGUCCAUGCUCUCUGCGGAGAAAUGACCCGUCUGAAUGUGCAUGAUUUAUCGGUCCGCACAUUUCUCCGUCCCACAGCCGCAGUUUCACCAAACAUUUCAGAGUCUCUGGGAAACCUGUGACACAUAAAUAAAACAACAAGUGAACUCAUCUGUCAAAGCUUUUCUGGGGCGCAGGAGACCAAACUGAAACCUGUUUUUAUAUUCCAUCUUUACAAUCAACGCUAAUGACCUUCAGUACUUACAGCCCUAAAAUGUGAGGCUGUAUCAGUAACAGGUCACUGUUUAACGGUUUGAUGGUUGCAGAUACUAGAGAAGGAAAGAAAGUGUUUAUAAAUCAGGCAGAGGCUCAUAAAAACUCUGAGAGCUUUUGUUGCAGCCUGCAAACUUGCCCCCUGCUGGUCAUUAGUGUUUUAGGCGCAUUGCAGCUGCAGAGUUUUCAAACCCUAAAGAUGUUUUCAGGUUUUUGCUGCAAAGGAAUCUGUAUGAUCGCCUCUUCCUCUGCAGCGAACACAGUCUGCACCCGAACACACGAUCGCAUCGAAACAGAAAUUCAAAACAGCAAAAACUCAAACGUCAAACUGAACUUUGGAUUGUUUGAUGCAGAAAAAUCUGUCAUCAUCAGUCUGUGAUAAAAACAUCAUCUCUUCACAUCCUGAUCAGUCAUUCAGCGUUCAUAUCAAUCCAGAGCGAACUGAGUUGAUGAGCUGAUACUGAAUGACUGCAGAGAAUGAAUGCACUUUUAAUUUUCUCCACAGCUGUCUCUUUACAUCUCUCUCUCUCUCUCUCUCUCUCUCUCUCUGCCGUGCUUCAGUCUGUUUCAUUCCAUGGGUUUGCUGCAUGACUUUAAUAGCCUCUUCCUCUCCUCUAUUGCCGUUUUCCUCUCUUUAUAGCAAGUCCCAGUCUCUUACCAAUACCUUCAACAUUCCAGAAACCCCGGCGCCACGAGCCAGCCUUAGCCAGGACGAGGUGAAGGCUGAAACCAUACGCAACCUACGCAAAUCUUUUGCCAGUCUCUUCUCAGACUGAGACGGUAAAAGCUCCCCUUCCCCCCCUCCUACUGACAGAAAGAUGGACAGGAAAAACCGAAGGACAGAUUCCCCCCAAACAAGGACCAACAGAACUCCGUCUACAAUUCCUGUACAUUGACCCUGAUACGAAAAUGUACACUCGACACACACUGCCUGUUUGAACCUUCUAAAACGAGCAAAAAGUAGAAGAAAUCACAGAAAAAUUUAGCCACUAACGUCUGAAACAUUCCUUGCUUUGCUUCGAGCUAAAGUGAGUCAUGAACCUGCAUCACGCUUAACAACACGACACGAACGCCUGUAUAUGCAUGAGAACACACACGAGAAUACACACACGAGAACACACACGAGAACACACACGAAGAGAACACACACGAAGAGAACACACACGAGAAUAAGAAACAAACGACACAAAGCCUUCUUCUGCUGGUGCUGUGAAGUGAUUUUAACCUUUUUGUUUGGAUUUCGGUCGGUUAGUUUGCUGAUGAAUCCAGUGAAUUAAGGGGCUGUAUGAAAAUUAUCCAGGAUUGUUGAUACUCUUGUUAAAUUUUUAGGUUUUUGAGCAUCGAAAAUCAUAUUUUCGCGCUAAAACAGCCUCUUCUGAUGUUGAAAUCAGCCGUAAACAAAAACUAGCACCCCCAACACUUUCUCUUCAGCUUUUUUUCCAAUCAGAUUUAUCCCAAAAAUAAAAAUAUAUGUCUUUAAAUAUAAGACUACCCACAUUUCUAAAGACACAAUCCCACAUACCCCGUAAUUUUUGUACAGUCCCUAACUCAGCACACCAACGCACAUUAAGUAUUCAGUGUUUCGCUAAAGCUCGAUCUGUCCACGCUGCGGACCGCUCAUGGUGAUGUCUUUGCUGCAUGUCAACAGGAAGCAAUGGUUGCAUUCCCCCGACCCCCGACAUUGGCGCUUGUAACUGUGUCGUCACACGUAGUUGCAUCAGUUAGUGCAGUAAGCUUGUAGCCUGUGUUGUGAGGAUGUCGUAGCCGCCACUUUAUUUUUCGUUGCAUUAGAACAAAAAAGCCUGAAAGCGCUCCGCCUCGAAAGCACGCCUUACACAGACGAGAGUGUCGGAUCAAAUGGUGCUGUCUCAGGAAUGUCCAGUUGGUGGCGACACUUAGAUGUGGGUGAGGGUCUUCCAUUGCAGUUUUAUUGUUGUUGUUUAGCCAAUAAUGAAGGAAGAGCAUGCGUUCAAAUGAGGUCGAAUGUUUCUAUGGUUUCAUAAGCAUUUGCACACAGAGUAUAUCGAUAAAUAAUACUUGAAUAGAGAGACACGGACUGAUGUUCCAGGUCUGUAUUUUCAGGGUUAUUCGUCUGUUUCCUGACAAAGCAGCGACUCAGAGACUGUUUACACCUGGUGUUAUCAUGAGGUAUCCAAUCACAACUGGACACCUGUUAGUACCUGUUAGUGAGUGCACCGAGACCCAUCAGUACACAGUGAGGUCUGGUAGUGGAGAUUUGGUAGUGUGCAGGGGUGUGUCUGGACUUUUUAGACCACAGGGGGGCGCUCACAUAAGCCAAGUUUCUAUGAGGUUUAAUAUUGUUUUCGAACCCUCACUAACUGCUGCAGACGGUUGCAAGGUACCUGUUUUUGUUUUAUAACAAGAGCCCGGACUUUAACGCUUGAAUUGCGAUUAAUUAAUAACAGUAAUAUUAUCUCGUUAAAAAUAUAAACGCAUAUUAAUCGCACCUACUGUAUUUACGCACCGCCAAAGUUUCUCACCGGAUGAGUUUCAGGUAUACCACUUAUACCGGCACGUGAUAUUUUUUUUUGAAGGAUGGUAGGGGAAGGUCACGCCUCCUUUGCCUCUGAUUGGCCAGAAAAGCUGAAAACGCCAUCACACGCUCAUUUUACCAUUAUGAAUUUUUUUAUUAUUAUUAGUUUAUGUAUUAUUAACUGUUUAUUAUUUAUUUAUUUAUUAGUAAUAUACUUAUUUAUUAUUAAUUAAUUAAUUUAUUAUUAUUAAUUUGUCAUUAAUUUAUUUAUUACUAAUUUAUAUAUUAUUAAUAUAUUAAUUCAUUUUUAAUAAUUAAUUUAUUAUUAUUAAUUUAUUUAUUAUUAAUAGAUUUAUUUAUUUGAAUUUCCCUUUGGGGAACAAUAAAGUUAUUCUUAUUCUUAUUCUUAAUUAUUACACAUCACAUAAAUACUUUAAAUAAAAUAAACCAGGUUAAAGGUCAGGUAUAACGGGCCCUCGUGAUCAGAUCACCUCUGUGGUUUGAUGAGAUCUGGUGUAAACGAGUCCUGAGCUGCUGCUGCGUCAGGAACAGGUGUGAUGUUGGAGGUACGGCGAUCGUAAGGUUGAGAGUUUUUAACGCACAGUGGCUGACGGAUAGUUUAAUUUCCCUUUAUUCCAAAGCAAUGUAAUGUACAAUCUUGUGAGUGUAAAGCAGCUGCAGACUGAGUGGAUGUACAGAGAGAGUAAGUGGUUUAUUUUAAGGUGUUCCCAGGGUCCAAGAUGAAGCAGGUGUGUUAGGAUUUUGCACAUGAAGUCUGUUUCAUUCAGCACAGCACAGUUUGUGAAAAGAGUCUUAAUAAUAUAAAAGCAGAAAUAACACAAGUGAGUUCAGCACUUCCUUUUACCCUUUCUCCACCCAAACAACUUGAGUGAAAAUCUGAAACGAUCCUGUUUCCAGGCACUAAAACGUCUUCCAGGAGGAGUUCUUCGGCAAUAUCACGCUUUUUAGAGGAGACCCGAUAGCCAGAGGUCUAAAGGAGUGGUGGUCCCCCUGCUCAGCCUCCAUGCUGCCUGUGAUGGUCAGUCUGUUUGUGUAGCCACAGUGACCCCUUGUGCUCAAUGGUGCAUCAGUGUGUGAAUGUUGUUCUGUAACCGGUCAAACCAAAUCGAUGUGUUGUACAGAGCUCUGAGUGAUAUGCAGAUCGCCGCCUUUAUCCCCUGCUGCUACUUGUGCUUGUUGAUAUUCUGUGUGUCUUAAAUUUCUUUGAGUCUUCAGUUCAUGCCUCUGUUUUUUUCUACGAGGCAGGACAGUCUGGGGCUCGUUAGUUUAUGCAUUAGUGAUUCAGGGCUUCGUUGUUUUUUUCACUUGACAAUGACUCAGCGUCAGUUUUAUCGCGGUGCAGCCGACUGCCAAGAAAAUCAGGACGAGCAGCCUCGUGUUGGUUCUGCACUGAGUGUGUAAUUUAUGAAAAUGAGCCAUCAAAAUUAGCACGGAUGGUUACCUUAGCAAAACUCUGUCACUCAGAGGCCGUAUUAAUCGCCAUGGCAACUCUUAAGAGUGACAGGACGAGCUGCGACAGGACUGCAGGAGAGUAGAGGUCUGAUUUUUGAUAUUCACACAUUUCCUUUUCAGAGUUGACUUUAUUUAUGGUGGAUAUAUUUGACUGUGAAUGUACAUUUUUCUUUGUUACCGCUCCUUCUCUUGUUUCUAAAUGCAUUGAUUAACUAUCGUGAAAAAAGAGGAAAAUCUAUUUAUUUGAUCUGAACUGAUGCCUGCCAGAUUAUUAUCAUCAAUGUAAGUGCAAGAAUCAAACAGCUGAGGUUUUCAUCAGUCAAAAAUAAGAAACUGCGUAAUGUAAAUCAUGGUGGAAUCUUGAAUUAAGUGUAAAAAAAACAAAACAAAAAUACUUGAUGUUAGAUGCAAUGUAGCUCUAUUGUGUGGAAAUGAGUAUGUUACUGAAACAUGCACACGCCUAAUAAAGUCUAUGACCAACAGUGACGGA